GCUGAUUCUUCUCUUCCUGUGUGGACGGCGGCCGCCAUGCGAGAUGUCAGCAGUUUCCUUCAGGAGCAGCAGAGCGGCAGCGCCAGCGCCGAACUCGGGCAGGAAUGGCACAGCAUGGAGGAGCUCUACAACAAGAAACUCUGGCACCAGCUGACAGUGCGACUGCAAAGCUUUGUCCAGAAUCCUUGCUUUGCCACUGGCGAUGGUUUAAUUAAGCUGUAUGAAAAUUUUAUCAGUGAGUUUGAACACAGGAUUAACCCUCUGUCCCUUGUGGAAAUUGUUCUGCAUGUGGUGAGGCAAAUGACAGAUCCGAAUGUGGCUUUAACGUUUUUGGAAAAAACAAAAGAAAAGGUCAAAUCAAGUGAUGAGGCAGUGAUUCUGUGCAAAACAGCGAUUGGGGCAUUGAAGUUAAAUGUUGGUGAUCUGCCGGUGACAAAGAAAACAAUUGAGGAGGUAGAUGAGAUGCUCACCAACCUCCCAGGGAUCACUUCAGUUCACGGGCGCUUCUAUGAUCUCUCCAGCAAGUAUUAUCAGAUCGUUGGAAACUACGCUUCCUACUAUAAGGAUGCCCUGAGGUUUCUGGGCUGCAUUGACAUCAAAGAUCUUCCAGUGGCCGAGCACCAGGAGCGAGCGUUCACCCUGGGACUGGCGGGACUGCUGGGUGAAGGUGUCUACAACUUCGGGGAACUGCUGAUGCAUCCUGUGUUGGAAUCGCUCCGGAGCACCGACAAGCAGUGGCUGAUCGAUACAUUGUAUGCCUUCAACAGUGGCAACGUGGAGAAGUUCCAGGCUCUGAAGACAUCCUGGGGGCAGCAGCCGGACCUGAGGGCUAACGAACUGCGGCUGAUGGAGAAAAUCCAACUGCUAUGUCUGAUGGAGAUGACCUUCACCCGCCCAGCUAACCACCGGCAGCUGACCUUCAGGGAGAUCUCGGAGAUCGCCAAGGUUCCUGUUAGUGAGGUGGAACUGCUGGUGAUGAAGGCAUUGUCUGUGGGUCUGGUGAAGGGAAGCAUUGACGAGGUGGACGAGCGAGUUCACAUGACGUGGGUCCAGCCCCGAGUGCUUGAUCUCCAGCAGAUCAAAGGCAUGAAGGAGCGUCUGGAUUACUGGUGCGAAGACGUGAAGAAUGUGGCCUUGUUGGUGGAACACCAAGCACAGGAUAUCCUCACCUGAGCCACAGCUGCCCUUUGCACACCAGCCCCAUCGCAGACACCCAUCAGUCACCUCUACAACCACACAUUUUAAUCUUGUCUGUGCGGGGACGGUGUUGGGAUUAGGAUGAAGCAGUUUGAUUUCUUUGCCUGGAGUCAGGGAGUCAGCUGCUUGGGCUGGGGGUUUCCUCAGGCUGGAGCAGUUCUCUGAGUCUGGGUCACUCCAUUCACCCAGGGCAUUUUCACUGACCGCCCCCCCUCCCCCGGCCCCUCA